GAGGAGAGAGUGCAGCUCCGUCAUCCUAUUUGCAGAGAGAGAGAGAGAGAGAGAGAGAGAGAAGGAGGGAGGGAGAGGGAGGAGUGUAAGCUAGUGACUGAGCGAAUGAGAGACGGGGAUAGUGGAGCAGCACAACAAUAGUGGGCUGCUCUUGUGGCUGUGGACUCACAGAGACAGAGGGAGCGCUCAGAGGGACACACAGGCGCUCUGUAAACCAGCUGCAGGCUCAUUGCAGCUGGCUUAUACGUCCAGGCAAUACAGACUACUCACUUUUGUUUUGUUUUUUCCUUUUGGUCUCUGUGUGGCAACUAUUCUUCACCAAACCACUGACUUACUGAAUUUUGACGCAGGAGCAUUUUAGGAAUUUGUGUGGUCAUUGCAUUUUGCCCAUACUGUAGGUGAACUUGAGGAGCAUGUCCACAUACAACUUGGACUAGUUUUUGUCUGUGCUGGGUCUGAUCUCUGAUGGUCACCGCCUGGACACUGGAACAGCUGACUUGACCAGAGUGGGCUUGAGCACCAGCAGGAGUUUUGUCUAUGUGGGAUUGUAACACUCCGACUGUGGGCUCAUCUCAAUCAGCCCUCUAGGGAGAACACUUCUGUUUGUUUGUUCUAACAUUUUUUUGCGUGGCGAGGGCUUGCUCCAAGGAGGGGGUGAGGGGGAACCAGAACAUUUCCAUUUGUGUGUGCGUGUAUGACACAUAGUGUGUUCUGGGGGAUGCCUCUGGAUGUGGUGAUUGCCCCAGCGGAGGACUGUUUUUGGCCGGACCUGCAGGACACGGACAUGAGGCUGAAAAUAAGGGUCCGCCGGAUGAAGCAGGGGAGAGAGCUACGAGGAGGUUUUGCUGCUUUUACCUCCUGUUUCCCCGGCCUGUGUGAAGGGAAGCCUGCCACUUCUCUACCUAUGAGCUUGUCCCAGCCCUGCCUGCCUGUGGCUAAUGUAGGGCCCACUCGCAUCCUGCCACACCUCUACCUGGGCUCACAGAAGGACGUCCUCAACAAGGAUCUGAUGGCUCAGAAUGGUAUCACCUAUGUGCUGAAUGCCAGCAACACCUGCCCCAAGCCAGACUUUAUCAGCGAGAGCCACUUCAUGCGCAUCCCAGUCAAUGACAACUACUGCGAGAAAUUGCUUCCCUGGCUGGACAAAACUAAUGAAUUCAUAGACAAAGCUAAGGUGUCGAACUGCAGAGUCAUUGUGCACUGCCUGGCUGGAAUCUCGCGUUCAGCAACCAUCGCCAUUGCAUACAUCAUGAAGACAAUGGGCUUGUCAUCAGAUGAUGCCUACAGGUUUGUAAAGGACCGAAGGCCGUCCAUAUCCCCCAACUUCAACUUCCUGGGUCAGCUUCUGGAGUUUGAGAAGGGUCUGCGAUUACUGCAAGCUUUAACUUCGACCACCGACGACAAGAUCUCUGAUAACAACACUAAGCAAAGCUCGGAGGUUAACGGGGGUUUCGAGAUGAACGGUCACCACAGCAACUACGACUCAUCGGUGGCAGACCAACACAUCCCACCGGAACCCAAGGUGCCAUCACCCACCUCCCUUCAGCAAGGCUUCAACGGCCUACACCUCUCCGCGGAGAGAAUCAUGGACACUAACCGGCUUAAACGCUCCUUCUCCCUGGACAUUAAGUCGGUCUACUCUCCCAACAGUACCCCCUGCCCCAGCCUGGCACCCACCCACUCUGAAGACGUCCCCAAGCUGUGCAAGCUUGACAGCCCAGGAACAGGCACCUCCAAUGGUGUCUGCUCCCAGUCUCCCGUCCUAGACAGCCCCAGCUCCGCCGAUUCACCGUUUCCCUCACCGGGCUGCGGGGGCAGCAUUGGAGGUUUGGGUCCAGUCCAUCGGUCUGGUUCUUCCUCAUCCAGACCCAGGAGAAAACCCAAGCAUUGCUCCGGCAGUUCCCCGGUCCACUCCCAACCACACCAACCUCCACUGUCCCUCAGCUUGUCGCUGGACCACAACAGCCCCAGCGUGGACGAGAACCUAAAGGGCUCCCUGCUCCUGUCACUACCCUCCCUUCCCACCUUGGGGUCUGGGGCCAUGUGGACCAAACACAGAGACACUGUCCAGGCCACCACUCCCGUCACGCCAGUCACCCCCACCACAGAUGCUCCCUGGCACUUUGGGGCGGUGGAGGGCGGUGAGAGAGAGAUGGAGCUGGGAGGAGGAGGGGACGGAGGAGGAGAGGAGUCGUCUGUAAGGUUCGGGAGCAGCUCGGCGUAUAUGGCGUUUGGGUGCAGCGAAGGCGUGCGGUUACGAGACAAAUCCCAGAGGGAGAAGCCCUCAUCACCACAGACCCAGAGAGACCACCGGGACUCUCCGUCGUCGACCACAGUGACCCUGUCCAACAGCGCAAACAACGGCGGGCCUGCGUCAGAGAAGCAGUUCAAGCGGCGCAGCUGUCAGAUGGAGUUCGAGGAGGGCAUCUCCGAGACGCGAUCCAGAGAAGAACUGGGGAAGAUCGGGAAGCAGUCCAGCUUCUCUGGGAGCAUGGAGAUCAUCGAGGUGUCCUGACAGAUAAUGAACAUGAUCGGGGCUGUCCCUUGGGGGCACAAAUGGACCUGGUCGGAGGGAGUGCAAAAGGAAGGACAUACGACGGGGAGCAGAAGAGGCUUAUUUUGUGCUCCCCUCACAGACAGUGUUAAAGACUCCACCUGAGAGAAGGACAACCAGAUACACAAGCAGAGAGUUCAUGUGAAAAAGGUUAGCAAGCAAACUAGCGUUCACACGUGAGACAGAGCCUGUGAUGUGAUCCUUAGCCAUCCUGAACUCUCGUACAAAUCUGAAUAAAAGUCUGGGGGAGGGUGGGGUUAAGGGGGUGACUAUAGGUACUGAAACUCUUAAUUUUUCUGAGCUCUGUGAGAGAUAAAAAAGAAACGACCCAGGACAAGUGUCAUGUUGCAUCCCUACUAUAUAGAAUAUCCCUAUUUUGACAGAGUUUGGACACAAAUUGCUCGCCUGCCGGUCAAAUGUAGUGUACUUCAGUGGGUGUAUAGCUUGUGAUUUGAACCAAGUCCCAUGUUUCCUCCCAAAUCUUCACCCCAGUGUCCGAAAGCCUCAGAACCUUGCACGGCUACGUCCACCCCCUCCCUCUUCCCAGUGGCUCUGCCUGCUACAGACUCUGCAUAGCAACAUCAAAAACAAUUUAAAAGAAACAAACUCCUUAACAGCACCGUCUCAUCACAUCACACAGCACAAGGGAGAGAGAUCCCAAGGACUUCAUCUAACGGCGGUACUGUAUCCAAACAAUGAAGGAUCCCCAGCAUUUUGUUGCUGAAAAGACUUUUAAAGACUCUUAGCGCAAGGCAGUGUUCCCACCCCCCCACCUUAAAGCACAGUGUGUCUUUCCUGACUUUGGCUCCCUUGUUUUCAGUGUUAACAGCGUGAUGGGACUGAGGUUUCAGUAUGGUGGCGAGGGUUCGCUUUAACGGCCCUUCAGCUCCUUUAUAGACCCACAAAUACUAUAUAUACAAUAUGAAUACAUAUAGCAAUUUUAAUGGACUUUUUUUGUUCAGUUAUAGUUUUAAUUUAUUGUAUUGGUUCAUUCUGGUAAUGAGAAAUAAUAUAAUGUUUUGUGGAUUUAUUUCUUUUUUCUUUUGUUGAAUUAUUAUUAUUAUUAUUAUUAUUAUUUGCUGUAUGGUAUUUAUGAGCACACACUCAAACAAAUACACACAUUCAACAAAUUCAAGCAAUAUGUGCCGUUCCUUCUUUGGAGAGUGAUGUAUGACUUUGAAAUGCACUUUUUUUCUGCUUUCUGGUAACCAAGUUAAGUUACCCCUCACACCCAUGGCAACGAGAUCAUUUGGAAAGCAAGGUCUUAAGAUUUGAUAGUAUAAAUAUAGAGCCACUGUUUCAUAUUUGGAUGACGGCACAGACGUCCCACUGAAACAGGAUAAGUGUGUAUUCAUGGAUUUGUCACAAUCAAGCGCUAACAGUUUUGACUGUGUGCAGAGGAAGACAAAGUAGCCCCACACAUUGAUCGCUCAGUAACAGUAAAGUAAAAAGUGUAUGCAGCCGAAUGCAUACUCUUCAACCAGUUUGAGAUUUCUAGACUUGCACCAGUGUCCUCUCUCUGAGCCAGCACCAGUUCGUCAUCAUCAUAGCGCGUCCCACCAAAGCUGAAACCACACACACACACACACACACACAUGCCCUUUACUGUAUGCACUUACACUUCUUUUCACAUAUUCAAAGCUUAGGCCCUACACACACACACACCCUUUUGUUCAUUCUCAGGGGAUCUUUCAGUGAGCCAAGCCCCCGGCACUGGGUACAGGUACAGCUGCUGGUACAUCAGCACAAUGCAUGUCCGUAAAGCUCCCUCGCUUUCUCCCCCUCUCUGUCCUUUUUUAAAUUUUUUUUUUUUGGUCUUAUUUCUUAUUUUCCAAAGCUUUGAUGAAAACAGCGUAACAAAACAGAAUGAAAAGAAAGCGCAACUUCAUAUCUUGAGGUUGAACGAAAUGAAAACGUUGCUCUCCUGGUGCGAGGUGGUUAUUUAUUCAUAAUGUAAAAUGGGUUUUCUUUUUUUUUCUUUUGACCCUUGCUUAACUUUUCGCUUUGGUAUUCUCUGACCUUUGACCCUGGGCUGCUGCAGCUACAGUAAGUUCAGCUAGAUUCCUCUGUUCACCCGAGACUCAAGCAACCUCUCCUCUCCUCUCCCUCCUCCCUAUAUUUUUAAGAAAUGUUGUUAGAAUUAUUUAUGACAUGUAACAAAAAUGAUGCAGGCUGUCCCAUUUGCUAAAAUUGUUGUUAUCGAAAUAUUAUAUUAUUAUUAUUAUUAUUAUUAUUAUUAUUAUUAUUAUUAUUAUGUUGUUGUGUAAAUAGCAACUCAUCUAAGAACUCAGAACUUAGGUGAGUUUUUAAAAGAAAAUCCUGAUACCUUAGGCUGCUUGAUGCAAAAAUACCUCAGGUUCUAUUGAAAGGCUUUUCCUUCCCCUGUACAUGUUUUGUGAAGAUGAGACAAAAAUACAGACAUGACAAAA